AUGGCUGAUAGGGGUUGCAAGGCCAUGCGCAUGUGGGACUUUUCGGACCUUCCCGAAAAUUCCGCCGGAGAUCUCUUUCGGUUGCUUCCCUUCGAGGGCUAUGAAGGGGUGCUGUCGUUUCUUCCAGUGGACCGGCUAGCCAUAGCUACCCGGGUCUCAAAGGGAUGGCAGUACGCAGUGGGCUGCAGAGCUGAGAAUGAAUAUGACUAUUCCAUCACCUGCAGCACCAAAGACCAGUUUAAGAAUUUCCUGCGAUCGUUUCCGAGAUUGGGUGUCUCCGCAAUCCGCUGCGAUAUCUCGAAAAUGACCGACAUCAAUUCAACCGAGUUUAUUGCCUUUACCGGUUUUACAAAGAAGGAUUUGGGGAUCUCACAUGUGACAUGGAGGUGCGAGCACUUCUAUCAAUAUCACUCCAUCUUUCUUCGCGACCUCUUCCCUUUCCUCAAGUCUUUAAAAAUUGAAUACGUGCAUCAUCCUAUAGACACCGUCAAGGUGUUGCUACCUGAGCUGAGGCGUUUGUCAGUGGUGAACUCAGGCCGCCGAAGUGGAAAGUUAGUGGGUGGCGUUUGCUGGACUGGCCAGGGCUUGCCGCGGCACUUGAAGUCGUUGCAUUUGGAGGGUGUCAAGUUUCUGAUGCACGGAGCCGUGGCUGGAGGCGACAUCUUCUGGACCUUUCUCCAGCAGGUUGAAUUCUCGGAUUUUCUCCUUGACGUUGACCAGCCCUGGUGGGAGAAAUGGGGUACGAGCUUUGAGCGAGGCAUCCUGGACUGGGUCAGAUCUCGGCCCAACCUCCUGCGAUUUCGCAUGAAACGUCUGAAGAGAGAUCUCCAUGAACAGAUUCAGCAGCUGUUGCGGGAGCGGCUGGAGCAACGUGCUGCACUUGAUGCAAGGCGACGGCGCCUGGAGGAAGAAACAGAUGAUGCGGAUGUACUCGGGCUCUUUGGAUCAUCAGACGAAGAGGAUUUCGUCAACGUACCCAACUUGUUUGGAUCCGACCCAGGCUCUCCGCUUCAAGAUGACUUACCAGUGUCUCCGAACUCUCCAGAGGACUCGGCAAACCUCUUCGGAAGUGAUGAUGACUAG